AUGGGGGGGACUCGAUUUGCUUUAAUUCGCUGUCCCCUAGUAACGCGGUGCGCUGUAGUGAUUGGCUGACUCGAGGGUCAAGGAAACGGGAAGAGCACAGGUUGCGUGUUCUUGAUUACUUUCUGGGCUGGGGAGGGUGAGAGUGACGGAGGCUACUACUGCGGCUGAUCGAGACUCUCUCAGAAAGGCUUGGCGUUUACUACAGGAGGGGCGCGUUGACAUAUAGAACGACUGAUCGUCCAUAAAUGGGGUGCUUCUUCUCCAAAUCGAGGAGAAAAUCUCCUAAAAAAGACUCUGCUUUGCCCGCUGGGGACGAGAGCGCGACGGGCAAUGACCUCCUCGAAUCCAGCAACGGCAACCAGGAGGCUCCAAAGCAGUACAGCUGGGACAAACGAGAAAAGGUUGACCCAAAAGACUUCAUGCUGACAGGCCUAAAGAAUGAGACAGUGGGCCGGUUGCCAGGCAAACUCAAUGGCCAGCAGUUUGUCAUUCAGGAUUGUGAGAACUGUAACAUCUACGUUUUCGAUCAUUCAGCGACUAUUACCAUUGACGACUGUGUGAACUGCCGUAUUAUGUUAGGUCCGGUCAAAGGCAGCGUGUUCUUCAGAGACUGCAAAGAUAUCAAGUGUGUGGUGGCCUGCCAGCAGUUCCGCACCAGAGAUUGCAAGAAAAUGGACGUCUUUUUGUGCUGCGCCACCCAACCCAUCAUUGAGUCUUCAACAGGCAUGAAGUUUGGCUGCUACCAGUACUACUACCCCGAUCUGGCUUUCCACUUUAAAGAUGCAGGCCUCAGCAUCUUUAACAACAACUGGAGUAAUAUUCACGACUUCACACCUGUCUCUGGAGAGACCAAUUGGAGUCUCCUACCAGAAGAUUCUGUUGUUCUGGAGUAUAUGCCUCUACCAGAUCCUGAGUCAGAAUUCAAGUCUGUGAGAAUCUCUACUGAAGCAAAUCGGAGCAUAGUGCCCCUGACCAAAGGAGGGCGGCGUACCGAGAGCGACGAGUCCUGCCUGUUUGUCUUUUUUGCUGGAGAUUACACCACUGCUAACGCCCGCAAGCUCAUUGAUGAGACAACCACCAAAGGCUUUGUCCUCAUUCAGACCAAAGAGGUUUCCAUGCGCCCUGAGGAUGUGAACCGAGUGUUUCAGAAUAAUGCAGAAAGCCUCACUGAGUGGAUCACCAAAGGUCCAGUGGUAGCCCUCGAGCUGAAUGGAGAUGGUGUGGUGGAAGCGUGUCGAUCCAUUGCUAAUGAAGUGUUCAAUGGGACUAAGCUGUUUGUUUCCGAGAGCAAAAAUACGUCAUCACGUGAUGUCGACAACUUUUUCAACUUUGCUGACAUGCAGAUGGGACUGUGAAACUGGCACAAAGGAGCGCCUCAAAUUAAUGUGGGUUUAUAUUUGUUUGGUUUUGUCAAUUUUGUCAUUUCAGUGAAUUGGAAUUACUUAAUAUGUGAAGCCACUGAUAUCUCAACACUUUUAGGUGUUUAUAUAAACCACUAUUUUAAAAGACAAUCUCUGUGAUCUGACAAUUUUACAUAUAUGGUCAUAUGGUGGCAUAUGGUCAGGGUUUUGGAACCAAUCAUGAAGGCAAGUGCCUUUAGAUAGUGAACGAAAUUGAGAACUGGAACUUUAGUCUAAUCAAAUAUUGCUGUGGACAAUUUAUCACUUAUGCUGAAAAUAAUGAAUUUGAUUAUAGAUAUUAAUUAAUUUUUUCCCCUAAAUGUAUAGCUGGAAAUUGUGUUUUAUUAUUCUUUGCUUGUAUACAUGUCAUUUAGUCAUUUAGUUGAUGUGUACUGGAUAGCUGUAAAAAAAAAAAUUGUCAAAUGCCAGAAAACAUGAAUUGUUGAAUCAGGUUUUUUAUAUUUUACAAAUAUAUAUAUAUAUAUGUGUGUGUGUGUGUGUGUGUGUAUAGCCAUGUUUCUUUUUUUUCUUGUUAGCAUGGCUUUUGACUUGUCUCCAAAUUGUAUUUUCUGUUUUUUUUUUUCAGUAUUUUUUUUUAUUAUUGUAAACAAAUGACAUUAGUCCUCCAUAUAUGUUUUUAAGGUAACACUGUUCUAAAAAGAAUGUAAAAAGUUUGAUCUGAUAUGUUGAAUGUACUACUAAAAGGAGCUUUAGUUGUCUCCUUUACACUGCUCUAUUUUUGUAGGAACAUUUUAGCAAGCACAACUUUCAUGUGACCAAAAAAAAGUUUGUACAUUUGAGAGAAUCACAGUGGUCUUUUUUUAUUUCUAAAUUGUUCUUAUUUGUAUGAGACAAUUUUGUAGAAUUGAAUAUAAGCUGUAAUUUGUCAAUACAUUCAUUUUAGUCAAAA